GCCGAGGCUUGGCAAGCGGGCGGUGCGGGCCCGGCUGCGGCCUCCUCGCCAUGUCUUCGGCCCGCGACGCCAGCGGCCACUUCCCCUUACACCUCCUGGUCUGGAACAACGACUACCGGCAGCUGGAGAAGGAGCUGCGGGGCCAGAACGUGGAGGCUCUGGAUCCACGAGGUCGAACCUUAUUGCAUCUUGCUGUUUCUCUGGGACAUUUGGAAUCUGCUAGAGUCUUGCUCCGACAUAAAGCAGAUGUUACGAAAGAAAAUCGUGAGGGCUGGACAGUUUUACACGAGGCUGUGAGCACGGGCGAUCCCGAGAUGGUGUACACGGUUCUUCAACACCGAGACUACCACAACACAUCCAUGGCCCUUGAGGGAGUUCCCGAGCUGCUCCGAAAAAUUCUCGAGGCUCCGGAUUUCUAUGUGCAGAUGAAAUGGGAAUUCACCAGCUGGGUGCCCUUGGUUUCCAGAAUAUGCCCGAAUGAUGUCUGUCGCAUUUGGAAAAGUGGUGCCAAACUGCGCGUGGAUAUCACAUUGCUGGGAUUUGAGAACAUGAGCUGGAUAAGAGGGAGGCGGAGUUUUAUAUUUAAGGGAGAAGACAACUGGGCGGAGUUGAUGGAAGUCAACCACGAUGACAAAGUGGUCACUACUGAACACUUUGACCUUUCCCAGGAAAUGGAGCGCCUCACUCUGGACUUGAUGAAGCCGAAAAGCAGGGAGGUUGAGAGGCGGCUCACAAGCCCAGUCAUUAACACCAGCCUUGACACUAAAAACAUUGCUUUUGAAAGAACUAAAUCCGGAUUCUGGGGCUGGAGGACAGAUAAAGCAGAAGUUGUUAAUGGUUACGAAGCAAAGGUUUACACAGUGAACAAUGUGAGUGUGAUCACCAAAAUACGGACAGAGCAUCUAACCGAAGAGGAAAAAAAGAGAUAUAAAGCGGACAGGAACCCACUGGAAUCUUUGCUGGGAACUGUGGAACACCAGUUUGGUGCUCAAGGGGAUCUCACCACAGAACGUGCCACCGCCAACAACCCCACAGCGAUCACACCCGACGAGUACUUCAACGAGGAGUUUGACCUGAAAGACAGGGACAUCGGAAGGCCGAAAGAGCUGACCAUCAGGACACAAAAGUUUAAAGCGACACUGUGGAUGUGUGAGGACUUCCCUCUGUCGCUUGUGGAGCAGGUCAUUCCCAUCAUCGACCUGAUGGCCCGAACUAGCGCUCAUUUCGCCAGACUGAGAGAUUUCAUCAAGCUGGAAUUCCCACCUGGAUUUCCUGUCAAAAUAGAAAUUCCCUUGUUUCAUGUCUUAAAUGCACGGAUUACAUUUGGAAACGUUAAUGGCUGCAGUACUGCUGAAGAAACUGUGUCUCAAAAUGCAGAAGGGACCGAGCCUGAUUCAGCUUCCCCCCUCGCAAACUUUGAGGUCGAUCAAUCUGUGUUUGAAAUCCCCGAAUCUUACCACGUUCAAGACAACGGCAGAAAUGUGCACUUGCAGGACGAAGACUACGAGAUAAUGCAGUUUGCCAUCCAGCAGAGUUUACUGGAGUCCAGCAGAAGCCAGGAACUUUCAGGACCAGCUUCUAAUGGAGGGAUCGGCCAGACAUAUGCCUAUGACGCCCAGUAUGAGAGGGCCAUCCAGGAGAGCCUCCUCACCAGCUCAGAAGGCCUGUGCCUGGGCGACUCCAGCGAGACCAGCCGUUUCGACAGCGACUUGCAGCUGGCCAUGGAGCUCUCCGCCAGAGAGCUGGAGGAGCGCGAGCUGCGGCUGCGGGAGGAGGAGGCCGAGCUGCAGCACGUCUUACAGCUGUCUCUCACCGACAAGUAGGCCUCCGCCCGGCCGCCGCCACGCUGCGCGGAGGCGCUGUCUGCACGCGGGGCCGAGGGGCUGCGCCUCGCACGUUCGCAGCAGAAGGCAGCUGUCCCCUCCUUUACGCAGAGGUGCGGGGCGGGGGCUCCCGGGGCCACCCACGCCGCUCCCCGCUGAAGGGGCUGAGGACCGGGGCCCCACCUCCAGGCUCGAGGGGAGGAGAGCAUCGUCACUUUCCAUUAGCUGUACUGGCUUGCAGGUCACAUUUUUACUACCAGCUUUAGAUAAAAACCCAAUUCCCCGACCCCCCGCAGGUUUGUAGAUUAGUUUUUAUCAAGGAGUGAUAACCAGUUCUUGCAGAGUCAGGGUGCUUUUCUAUAUGAGAGCAGCAGCCUUUGUAGAGUGUGGUGUGAGAGUUUAUGAGACACUUCUUUACAGUUCACCAAAGAAAUGGAUCAUCUGUGCCGAUCUGCUCUUUUAUUUGUACCUUUAUACAGGGUUUCUAGGACACUGUCACUCCUACUCCGUCUCCACCUCCCACCCCCAGCUAGAGCUGAAGAGGAGAUACGUACAGGAUCUGUUUUAGAUUAGGGUUAACUAUUUGCAUCAAAUUAAGAUAUACAAAUGACAACGGAUGUUGCCUUAGCCUUAAAAAUUACUAAUAGUUUCAAACCACCUCACUCCACGUAUCGAGGGAUCUGAUUUGAAUUUCUAAGGCAGUUUCUUUGGGAGCAGGAUCCUCCAGGCUAAAUCCAAGGCAGCUAAUCCUGGCCCCGAAGGAGCAGCUAGGAGACCCCGAGGCUUCUAGAAGUGGGUAGGCUGGCCAAAGUACCCGAACAGCAUAGAACCAAACCAGGGGUGUGUUCCACGCCUUCUCUAGUGAAGGGUCUCCAUGCAGAAGCCCAGGAAGACCCCACCAUGUGCCCCUAGGCUCACUGGAGGGAAGGAGUGGAGUUGAAAUUAGAAAGGGAGCUACAAGCGGAACUCAGUGGCUCUGUAUUCAAAAGGGAAAAUGAUGAUUCCAUGUUGCUUUUUAGAGUUCAACAUCUUUCUGGAUAAAUAUAUUUUUUAACAGAAUCUUUUUAUUAUUUUUAAAAGAUAUAAAAAUGACUACUCCCAUCAGUAGCAAUACAAGGUUAUACAUUUUAACCAGAUUUUCUCAGGCCUUUUUUGGAUACCUUUAGUAGUUAACUAUUUUGUCUAAUCCUGUAAAUAACCAUCGCACAGCAUACAGAACCCUGGGGAAUACAGCUGAGGGCGCCCUCACGGCCCAGCCCGUGCACUCAUUCCACAGGCUGCACCGACAUCGCCUAGUAACAGCCUCCUCUGGUUUGCCUCCGUUCCCCGUCCUGUUGCACUGCUUUGGGGAUGGGAAGGGAGACUACCGAUCCAGUAACGUCUGUUCAUCUAGUCAGCGCUGCCAGUGAAACGUUCCAGGAGCUGUGCUUUUGAUUCCACAUAACCACCUGCCUUUCCUGUCAUGGUCUGACCAAAAUUUCCUCUGCACACGAGGCCAGUACACGCAGCAUCACGUGUGUUUCAGAUACACAGCCUGGCAUUCCGUUUACUCAGCGUUUCUCUUGAGCAAAGACACAUCUUGGAGCGGCUGCAGUCAGGCCACAGCGUGUACUAAGGUGAACGGAGGUAAUUUCUCUGUUUGCAUUCCACUGUUCUGCUUCCCCACGUCUUUGACUUUCUCCCCAGAAAGUCAGUUAAAAAGGAACUGAGCGUUGUCACUGUCACAGCGUUUUCCAUGUAUGUGCUCACUCUCUUAAAAUACAAAUAAAGACUGCUUCCUGAGAGGGUGCUCGUACAAUA